UGCAAGGGACACAGUAAAGCUUCACCAUCAAGGAGCAAGCAUGCUUUUACAAAAACUGUUGGUGUAUUUUUCGUCGGCAUGCACAUUUUGCUUUGCAUUAGUGCUGAACGUCAUGCUCAGGAUCAUGCAUUUCAUCUCACCAAACUUCACCAAGAAGCAAAUCCUCAGAAUGGGCGAAAAGACCUACAUGACCCAGAAUCCAAACUUCCAGUAUGAGGAUUGGGGUCUGACCUUUACGUCUUUAAACUUUAUUAAAACCGUCUCUCAGCACAUGUGGCUGUCUCUGGGGCAAAAGGCUUUUGUGGGGGGAGAGGCUCCGGACUCAGCCGUGGUCACAAUGGAGGGAGAGAAAACAAGCAUCCACAAGUUCUUUAAAGAUAACAGACCGCUGGUGCUGAGUUUUGGAAGCUGCACCUGACCACCGUUUAUGUACAAACUUGAUGAGUUCAAGGAACUCGUCAAGGACUUCAGUGAUGUGGCUGACUUUCUCGUUAUCUACAUCGCAGAAGCACAUUCAACAGAUGGUUGGGCCUUUACCAACAACUUUGACAUCAACCAGCAUCGAAGCCUGGAGGAAAGGCUGUCUGCAGCACAGAUUGUGGUUCAAAAGGAACCACUGUGUCCAGUGGUUGUGGAUGAAAUGAACAAUAUCACCGCUAUAAAGUAUGGAGCUCUGCCCGAGAGGCUUUAUGUGCUGCAGGCUGGGAAAGUUGUCUACAAGGGAGGGAUGGGGCCUUGGGGCUACAGUCCACUGGAGGUGCGUUCGUUCCUGGAGAAGAUGAAAUAAGAAGAUUGUUAAAUCAAGUCGAGCUGUGUAUUUGCCAUCUGACAAGGGGUCUCUGUGUUCAGUGGGGGAUAGGGGCUGCCUAUUUUGUAAUCAACAUGUAUUACUGAUAUAUCACAAUAUUACAUACUUUUGUAAUCAGAACAAUAAUCAAUAGACUGAUGCAUUUACAUGUAGUUCUAUAACUGCUCUUCAGUAUCAUCAAAAAUUGCAUGAAUAGAAAUAUUGUAACCCUCAAAACAUGCAUUGACAGGGCUUUCAGGAUCCCCUGUAAUUUGGGUAGAAAAAGGAAAGAAAAAGCUUUCUCAUCUGUCAACCUCUGAGCUUGAUCUCACCUCUGUGUUUCUUAGUGACGACUGCAGAUUAAACCAUUGGACUCUGUAGACAGAUAAAUUGAAACACAGACAGACAGUCCAGUCCAGAGGUUGUGUUUGAGGUGUGUCCAUGUGUUAUUUAUGAUCAACUUUGAAAGACAGGUUCAGUAAUCACUAAGUGUAAUCUCAGUAUCAUUGUACCACUAUAUGCAUGAAUAAGUAAGGUUUGACAUGAUUUAUGAAUGCUUCUAAAUGAUUUCACAGAAGGCUGCUUUUUACAUGACAAUUACAGUGCAAACCUCUGGUAACUGUAAUUUGAUGAGCUAACACUUAGCAGUAGACGUUGGAAUUGGAAUUACAAAGGUGCAUUCAUGACUUGACGUAUUUAAAGUGUAUUAACCGUCCUGUCAAACAAUAUGCGUUUUCCUUGAGUAUUUUUGUUAAAGAAUAAAUGUGUUUCAUUGAUGAAUGUUGAGCCUAAAUGUUUGCAUUAUAGUAAAACAAAUAACC